AUGCCUCCAAAGAGACCGUUGGGCUUGGGCAAGGCUGCCCGGGCGAAAAAGCAAAAAAACGAAGCCGCAGGCGAAGAUGGAGCUCAAAACGGCGUCUCUGAUGCUCCUGUGGCUAGUGAAACGAAUGGAUCGAAUUCUGAAGAAGCCAACGAGCUCACCGUGGAGUUGGGGGCUGAAAUCGACGCUAACGACGCCGUGGGCCAGUUGGCCGCUUUGUGGAGAACGUAUUUUGUUCUGGAAGACAAGAAAGAGCUUGUUCUCAACGGCAUCAUCCACGAAUGCGACCGAAUCUUGAGAAAAGCCCAUCUGGACAAGUCGGACAGCGACGAGGAGAACGUGGACAUCACGGGCCGUUUCUACGCCAUCUACGCGUUGGCGCUUUCCAACUUGGCCUUCUUCCACACGGAGGAAAGAGACAAGGUGGAGGCCUACUUCACGGAAGCCAUGGAUCGUAUAGCCCGGGGCGAGGAGCUCUUCCCAAACUCUGUAGACAUUCUUUUUGCCAAGGCACGGAUCAUGAUCAACAAGAUCGCCUUGACGGUGAUUUCUCGUUUGGACACCGAGAGCAGAGUGGGUGCAAAAUCUCAGACAGGUGCUCAGCUUUUGGACGAGUGUCUUGCCCAGUGGGAGAAGGCCGAGGCCAUUUCCGGCGAACUUAACCAGUACGACUACUACAACAUUGAGAGCUUGGAUUUCCUACAGGCUUUGGACGACCUCCUUGAUGUGGUGGACAACUUUGGCCAGGAGCACAUGGAAGGUGAGGAUUCUGACGCUGAAGACGACGCUCCGGAGCACAGGUUGGACGAGAAUCACCCGCUUUUCUCCAUCAAGAACACAGACAAGUACAACAAAUGGUGGAGAGAUCACCUGAUCGUCUUUUUGGGCAACUUGGACAAACGCCUAGCCGGUGAAAGAAAGAAAGACAAGGACCACCCGUUGACCACCUUGCGCAGGGAAUUGUGCAAGCGUUUGGGCCAGUCCUACCUUAUGGAGGCCGAAACACCCUCCAACGUGUACACUACUUUGACCUACUAUGCCAAGGACAAGAAGGACAUUGACGGUCUUUCGAAGGACGAGGCUCAGAAAGCCAGUCAAAAAUUGUACCUGACGGCACUCAAGUACUUGAAGGAUUCGCAAGACGAGGACGAGCCCGAAACCUGGGUGAAUGUGGCCGAGGCCAUGAUUCUGCUAGGAAAUGUCCACGAUCUUGACAGUCCAGACCAGGAAAAGGCCUACAAGGACGCUGAGGACAUCUUGGUGAAGGCCAACAACGCUACGAACGGUAAAUUUGAUGACAUUUUGCAUAACUUGUUGAAUAAUUGA